AUGAUCAUCUUGUAUUUUAGGACCUUUCAGCCUUUGCUGCUUCUUUGCCUCUUGGAAUGGAGCUCCUUGACUGUUGAAGAGGUAAGGCUCCCUGGUGGUCCUCAUGGAAGGCUAACUUCUUCUGGGUUGGAGCCUUCAGGAUCUGCUCUCCUCCAGCGAUUCAGGAGAGGAACUACCUCGGUUAAUAUAACCAGGCAAGUAAGCCACCCUAGUUUAUUGCCCAAUGAGUCUGUGUGUCCAUAUAAAGUGUUCAGCGAGGGUCGAGCUGCCUACAAAGGCUUGUGCUUCAGGACCAUGGCUAGAGACUUCCUCUGUGACCAAAGAAGCUGCCAUUUGUUCAGUUCUGGGAGGUCUUUGUUGGCCAACGUGCUGAGGAACAGCAGUGUCCUUUUACAAUGGCAGCCACCAGCUGUCUAUAGAUCUGACCUGAAAGGUUUUUUCAUUAACUGCUCAUGGAAUGGCACUUAUACUCGUUUCCAGUGUGACAGUGUCCAGCUUGGCAUCAACUGCAGGGACUACCUCCUUACCAAUGUCCAUGAUAAUGUCAAGUACAGGAUCUGCCUGCAGACUCUCUACACUAACAGGACGUCUAUGGAGGAGUGUGUGGACUUUGUGGUGGAGCCACUGGGGAUGCAGGAUAUUGUCAUUGCUAUGACAGCAGUUGGGGGUUCCAUAUGUGUGAUGCUGGUCAUCAUUUGCCUCCUAGUGGCCUACAUUACCGAGAAUCUUAUGCACCCCACCUUUAUGCAUCCUUCUGCUAAAAGAGGGCCAUGA